ACCGCCCAGCCCAGCCCAGAGCCGAGCCCAGGUCCAUAUCUGAAUCCGAACCCCACCUCCCUUAUUCAACCCCCGUCACCACUUCCGGCGACCAUUUCCUCCGAAUUCCGGCGACGCCACGCUCCUGAGAUCGAGAAGGCAAGGUGCUUGAACAUCUGAAUUGUUGGUAAAAUGGUUUCCUUUGAGAUGAAUGAUCGAAAGAAGAUUGGAUUAGGAUUAACUGGCUUUGGUAUAUUUUUCUCAUUCCUUGGGAUCAUCUUCUUCUUCGACAAGGGAUUGCUAGCCAUGGGAAAUAUCCUGUUUGUUUCUGGAGUGUCCUUAACAAUUGGGCUAAAAUCCACUAUGCAAUUCUUCAUGAAACGAAGUAAUUUCAAGGGAACAAUCUCAUUUGGUAUUGGGUUCUUGAUUCUCAUCUUGGGAUGGCCUAUUUUGGGCAUGAUUAUUGAGGCUUACGGGUUCAUCAUACUAUUCAGUGGUUUCUGGCCUACACUGGCUGUUUUCUUACAGAAGAUUCCUGUUCUUGGUUGGUUGUUGCAACAACCAUUUGUUCGAUCGUUGUUUGACCGCUAUAGAGGCAAACGAGUGCCCGUGUAAAGCAGGAAUAUAUGGAAACAUUAUGUAACUGCUAUCAAGCGCAUUUGUAAGUCAAUGUAAAGAAAAUAUUCAUAUGGAUAUUAAACUGUGAAUUGAGUUUGCUUUCUGAUGGUAGAAAAUGACUUUCAUUUUAUCAUGGUAGUCAUUUAGUGGAGGAAAAUUGCAUAGGGAAAAAAAAAGGUUUUAGUUUUCACUUUACUACUUGUCCGGCUUCUUAUGAUUCUGAUACUUAAUGGAAAAUCAAUUGAUCUCCGGAGUUGUCAGUUUCAUUUACGCUACUAUUCUAAUCAGAGACAUUUGGAAGCGUCGCUGCCGAGUUGAUGAUGGCAUUUGUUCACACUAGUAAUGAUUUUAGAAUAUAUAACUUUUUUCUUCCCUUUCUUUUUUUUAUCCGUGUUUUUUUUGCCUGCCAAUGUGAGAUGGAAUCGGAGCAAUGCCAUGGAAUUCUACAAUGUAAUUUACCUUAAUUCCUGUGUCAUCUAUUAUUUCUUUCUCGG